AGCGCGCCCGGUUUAAAGCCCCGCGGCGCGGGAAUCCUAAACCGGAGCGCGGUGACCGCCAGACAGCUUCUCAGGGGCGCCAUGAGCUGCAUCAACCUCCCUUCCGUGCUGCCGGGCUCCCCCAGCAAGACCCGGGGUCAAAUUCAGGUGAUCCUCGGACCCAUGUUCUCAGGGAAAAGCACAGAGCUGAUGAGAAGAGUCCGCCGCUUCCAGAUCGCCCAGUACAAGUGCUUGGUAAUUAAAUAUGCCAAAGAUACGCGGUACAGCACCAAUUUCUCCACACAUGACCGGAACACCAUGGAAGCUCUGCCUGCCUGCCAGCUCCGGGACGUGGCCCAGGAAGCUCUGGCGGUAGCUGUCAUAGGCAUUGACGAAGGCCAGUUUUUCCCUGAUAUCGUGGAGUUCAGCGAGGCCAUGGCCAAUACUGGGAAGACCGUGAUUGUGGCCGCACUGGAUGGCACCUUCCAGAGGAAGGCCUUUGGGAACAUCUUGAACCUUGUGCCCUUGGCCGAAAGUGUGGUGAAGCUGACAGCGGUGUGCAUGGAGUGCUUCCGGGAAGCUGCCUACACCAAGAGGCUGGGCGUGGAGAAAGAGGUUGAGGUGAUUGGAGGGGCAGACAAAUACCACUCUGUGUGCCGCCUCUGUUACUUCAAGAAGACGCAGCCCACAGGUGCUGACAAUAUGGACAAUAAAGAGAACUGCCCAGCACUGGUGAGACCUGGAGAGGCCACGGGAGUCCGGAAGUUGUUUGCCCCUCAUCAGAUCCGGCAGUGCAGCUCUGCCAACUGAGGUUCCAGGGGUCCUCAAGUGCUGGGUGACCUGCUGCCUUUCCUGCUGUCACCCUCUUGUGGGCACCUGCCAC